CAUCGCACGGCAAGCAGCCUCUCGCAAUCAAUGUGCUCCGGCAUUGCGGCUGAACGCGGCGUGGCGGUGCCAUGGCCACCGAGCCGGGAUUGUUGCCGCAGCAGCAGCGCGUGGCGGAGUCGCAACAGGAACUAACUUCCGCUCUUCGCUCGCGCCGGAAGCAGACGCACGGACCAAGCCAGCGUGUCGUUGCGGUCGCUUCAGUGCUCGUCCGAUGCUGUCGCCGAUGAGCAGGUGUCGUUUCGCCGGAAGUGAACGCAAAGCCAAAGCGAUGUGAUGCGCAGCCACUCGCAUCUUGCAGUAAUCGGAUUCCGAAGCAAAACUAGUGACUGAAGUUGCCGAGCUUUUUUUACGAAGGAAUUUUUAAGCCACUUCGACGAGCGAAGGACAUUAUUCGGCGACACAUUCCGGUCGGGGCGCAGCUCAAGCCUGCAUUUACGUAUGGGACGUGUGACUCGCCGCAGUGUUUUUUUUUUACCAACGCAAGGAGUGCCUGUGAUACCAGGGAAAGACGAUUCCGGUGUUGUGGUCGGCGUUUGACGUGCUUGUGAUUUCACGCAAAGGGAGUAUUUUUGCUCUCGAAACGCUGGCCGAUCAACAAAGCUCGUCACGGAAGAAUUAUUCGUGCACACUGGUCGCUAGGCUACGCUGGCUAUGCCAAGAAGUUUUAUAUUCCGGUUGACUAUUAAUGCACCAGUACCUACUUCCGCGCCAGCCUAGGACGUGGUAGAGCAUUGUCGAAACUUCCGCGCUGCGCCGCUUCCUCACUUCAAUUCCGGGACGUUGUAAGCAUUUCUUUUAUCUAGUUCACCACGCCGUCGAACGUGCAGCCGGAGCAACAGUUAACGGCGGCGAGCUUUUUCGGGAACUCUGUCCAACAGGUACGCUGUACGGGACCUUUCCAGCGACUGAAACAAUCCGAUUCUCAUUUGUGCAUUUAUUUACUUCGUGCAGACUGAAACAGUUUUAAUAGCUGGAUACGUCUAGCGCUCUACGCUCACACAACUGGUCUUGCUCAAGUUCUUUGGCCAGUUGAAUAGGCAUCUCGUGCGCGGUGGUAGCGCCAACUCAGCCACGGGACUGCUGUGUGCGGCAAGUGUGGUGGAUUACUGCCGAAGCUCAUACCGAACAUCAGGGUGAACCUGCCAUUUUGUUCUGCCAGGUGACCUGGGCGUUCCGUUCGCGGUAAUCAAGACCGCCGAGUCAACAAAGGUGCCUAAUCGAAAGACGAAUCCGAAGCCGCAGCCUAAGGAAUGGGAUGGCUCGUUUCUACCGGCUGGCGGCAUUCCGUCGUGGUGUCGUGGACGCUAGCGACGAUCCUAGCGGUGUCCAUCGGCAAGUCCUCGGCAGUGUCGACGUCGUCUGCAGCAUGGGAUGCCGAGCUGACCACGAGGACCUCGACCGACGCGCCGCCGACGCUGGUUCCGUGCCGCCUCUCCGAGCUGACGUGCGACAACGGGCGCUGCGUGGCGCUGUCCCGGUUCUGCGACGGCUCCGACGACUGCGGAGACGGCUCGGACGAACCGCUCGGUUGCUCCAACUGCAACCGCACCCUGUUUGGCGAAGUGGGAACCAAGAACCCGCUGCGCAUUGCCGAGCCCUUUCAGAGGAACCUGCCCUUCAUCUGCACGCUGUACUUCAUCGCGGCCGGCGGCGAGUUCGGUGACAUCGUCGAGCUCACCUUCCUCAACUUUCAAGUGGGCUCACUCGAGAUGGACAGGAACCAGUCGGCGACCUGCUUCAAUGGCCAUCUGCAAGUCAUCGAGCCUGCAGCGUCGGCGCCCAUCAUGCGAACCCCGCAGACUCGGGGCUUCAGUCAGAUCCUGUCCGCGGUGCGCGGCGAACCGGCCACGCCGCACUUGACGUCUCUCUACGAUGGCUCAGGCGGGGAGCCGGAGUUCGGCCACUUCUGCGGUGACAUGGCCACCAAUGGCGGUUCCGGCAGUGGUGGUAGCGCAACCUUCUACUCGGACCGCAACAAUGUCACGCUAGUCGUGUCUGUGCCCAGUCGUGCCUCUCUGCACGCGUUCAGCUUUAACUUGUAUCUGACAUUUCGGUUUCACCCUAAGAGACCUUCCCGGACACGCUACGGCACAUCCGACAGCCCCCACGACGUCGGCAUCGCGACUGCAGGAACGUACUGCGACCGCAUUUUCGAGCAUUGCGACCGCAAGCAGUGCAAAAUCCGCUCACCUAACUUCCCGGGAUUCUACCUGCGAAAUUUCACCUGCACGUUCACCGUUCGCCAAAUGGUGGCGCCACCUGGAAAGCAAGCGCAGAUCGUCCUGUACCAGGACAAUGAAUACAAGAUCUCCAUUUACACAGGCCGCAGUACCGCGACGACCUUCUCCCAGAGGGCGCUCACCAUUGACUGUCUCGGGGACGUUGUCAAAAUUUACGAUGGGCCAAGCGCGGACAACUCUCCGCUGCUCAGCGAGUUCUGCGGCACUGGCGUGCUGCCGGAAGUGGUUUCCAGUGGACCGGAAGUGACGGUGGUGCUCCGGAGCGUGACCGCGCAGCAGUUGCACGGCUCGCGGCUCGAGCUCAAUGUGAAGGUGCGCUUCGUGGACGUGGAGGAAUUCAGGCUCGGUCAGGGCAGGUGCGAGUUCCACAUCGACGGCAAGGUUGAGCGCCAAGGCCUCGUCCACACGCCGGCACACACGGUCCCGCCCAACACGACCUGCCGGUACCGCUUUCACGGCAGGUCGCCGACAGAUCGCGUCUGGGUCUACUUCCUAUCGUACUUCGUCGAAGACAAGCACCGCUGGGCGAGCGAAGAGAAGUGUGAUGUGUCUAGUAUCGAAGUCCUGGACGUGCCUCUGCAAAGCUCCAGGACCGGAAACAACAGUUCAAGCGACGCCUCUAACGCCAGCACUGCCGUGGACCUUCCCGGAAUGUCGUACCGCUUCUGUGAAAAGAACUCUCCUCGCAUAUGUGCGAGGGCUGCAGAAUACCCUCAGUUCAUACCGCUUCGUCCAUGCAGGCACCCUGACGAAUCCUAUCUGUCUAGUGGGCCCGAGCUGCUCCUCCAGCAGAACUUCUACAAAACUGUCGAACUGCCUGUCCGCAGAAGCUCUUUCUCAGCUCGGUACGAGUUUGUGGACACCGAGCAACAAGGUGCGGACAUGGGACCACGGCAUGGGCCUUGCCAUAGGCACUUUCAGAGCAGCAACUCCAAAUUUGGCAUGGUGUCCUCGCCGAAAAACGUCUUUCUGUACGGUCGUGGAGGCCGUGAGAACGUCACCUGCUCCUACUAUUACUCCGGCAUGUCCUCUGAAAAGCUGAGACUUUACCUCGUCACCUUGAACCUGCCGACGUCGGGAUGCGAACACUACUACGACCAAGUUACCCAGAGGUACAACUGCCGCGUUACCGGUCGCCAGUCGAGCCGCAUCUCGCUUUUGCACGUCAUGGACCACUGGGGCGACACGUACACUCCUAUUGGUUGUUUCUGCAACGUCACCUCGCAACCCCGUAAGCCCAUCCUCAUCGAGUCGGUGGGCAACAACGUCACGCUGACGUUCACCAUAAGCGGCAUGACUUCUCUGGAGGAUUUCAACAACUACGGCUUCGAGGCGACGUACGAGUUCCGACCUGCGACUUCCUGCGACACCAGCACGGAGCUGAGGAAUGGCUCGCAGGGCGAGUUGACGUUCAUGGCUCCCGCCAGCGUGGCUGACCAGGAGCUCCCGUUGCGGUGUCGGUGGUUCAUCGAGGCCUCACCUCGCAAGUACCUCUACCUGAAGUUCCAGGGGCGCGAUGGGUCCCGAGGAUGCCCCGACUCGGGAAACAGGUUCGUGGUGUACGCGGACGGCAUCAUGCAGCCCGUGGCCGUCGUCUGCUCCGGCGGCAUCCACGAGGAGACGUCGCUGUCCUCGUCCACGGACUUCGACAUCUUCUCGGCCUCGUGGUACAACGACUCCACCGAGCGACAGCACCACGCCCUGGCAGACCGCGUGGUCAUCGAGGUCGUCGCGUUCCGGGCCGCUCAGUUCCGGUUGCGGUGGCUCGAGGUGACCAGGCCAUUCCUGAAGACGUCGUCGGGCCUGACGCUGCGCAACGUGAACUGCCUCUACGAGUGCCCCGAGCUGAGCGCGUGCAUAUCGCCCGAGCUCUGGUGCGACGGCACCGUGCACUGUCCCUCGGGUCACGAUGAGAAGCCCGAGCACUGCCGGCGCUUCCCGACCUUCUACGUGGCACUCGGAGCAGGCGCCGGGUUCGUCGUCAUCUGCGCUGGACUCGCGGCCGCCCUGCUGUGGUGUCGAAGCAAGGACAAGACCAAGGAGGAACCGCGCAUGCGCCCCGCUGAUGACAUGCAGCUGGAGAGCCCGGACAGCUGACCCUGGCACUCGAUUCUGGACCCCGCGGUAGACGGUCCAGAAUCGCAGGAGACGGCGGUGGUUUCCACGGGCACGCCCGUGGUACGCCCCAUCGACGUGGUUAUGUCCAUGAUGCCCGCUCCUGGCGGCAUACCGGCCACUCUGCAAGGGACGCUCUCGUCGUCCAGAACUCGGCGCACCCCGCCGCCGGCGUACACGGCCGCCGACGCAGCGGCGGACAUCUACGUCAUCAAGACGAUGAGGUCGCCCUGCCUUUAGUGCGACGGCGGCGUCGUCGGACAGCUCCUAUCGGUUCCGGUUUUAUACUUGCUGUGCAAGUGAAAAAUACUGAGUUGCCUUGAAACAAACCGAAUGAACGGUGCGUGCGUGGUGGUGACUCUGGACCACUGUUUCCUCCCCAUUAACCGUCGGACACGUGUUGGUAGCGUGUGGUGCCACGGGUGCAACGUCAAAUGGCCGAAGCCUUUGCUUCGUGAGCCACUGAAAUCAAGGUGCGUCGACACUGAGCGUGCUCAUCAUGUUUUUGUGAUCUUCGAUGUCGUCCAGGGAGUUCUGACUCUUUUUAAGUGUAGCAUUGUAUAUUGUGAAAACUUACCGCCGUAAAAGAAAAAAAAAACACACGAUACGAAUGUGUUAUCGAAUGUUAUUUAUUGAUGGCGUCUUGCGAAAGACAAAGUGCUCACACUUGUGAUGUAGUGUCUUAAAAGAGCACAAGCAUUGUGGCAGAGUUUAUAUUUCUCCUUAAAACUAUAAGGGGGCAUAUUCUGUAUAUAUAUGAAGCUGUGUUCGGGCUCGGAUUGAAAUAUUAGCCAAGUAUAUGUACGUGACAGGAGUUCAAUGUAUUUUAUGUGGUUCCAGCGCUUCGGUCUUAGACAACGUCUCUUUAAGUGUCCGUAUACGUCUACGUAAGAUUCCUACACGACAUUAUACUCCAGCUUAUGUCUAUAAUUUGGUGCCGCUUAAUCACGUUCGGCUUAAUCAUCCACUCGGCUAUACUGCUACCAAUUGGCGCAAGUAAAGAUACAACGUCCCUUGUGGUGCAAAAAAAAGGUAUCAACGUUUUUACAAAAUAAUAUUAACAACAAUAAUGAAUCAUUUACGUUAUGUAAAUGUUAUGUAAAUGUUAUGUUGACGUUAUGUAAAUGUUAUGACUACAUUAAGGUGACAAACUUCCUUCAUUUUCUCAUAAAACAUCUGUAACCCAUUGCAUCACUUGUUCGAUAAAAUAACAAUAUUAAAUGGCAUUAUUGCUCUGGUCUCCAUAAAAACAAUUAUGCUCUCUUUUGCCCGAUAACCAAAUAGACAAACAGCAUUGCUAAGUUUCAGAGUAAUGAAUGAUUGAUUGUAUGUGUAUGCUCAUGCAAAGAGUUGUCAAAGCUAUUUUGUUCACAGCGUGACGAGUGAGCUAGUGAUUGAUUGUGAAGUGCCCGUUUCGUUCAGUCAAUUUUUCUUGAAGCUUAAAAAGUGCCCAGUUACACAAUUUCUUUCUCAGUCAAUCCUUAUGAGGACUAGUACGUUACAAACCGGGAAAGCUAUCUUUCUUUUUAAAUUUGCAUGUUGCACAAAGCAGAAUUUUCCUGUACGCGUGGAUAAAAUUAUCGCCUCUUCUUGUUUGUUUUGGUAAAAACCGCUUUGUCCUAACUAAAAAUAUAAAUAUAUGACAUAGCAAAUCAGCUCUGCGGAAAUCCACAAGUUAUUGGGCGUAUUUCGUCGCCCGUGACGGCAGAAUUUUGUCGCGCAAGUUAGCGUAAAUUCUAUCUAGGGCUGGUAGUUAGAAUGCAGUUUCACAACUAACAAAUGGUGCCGCGUGACUGUGUUCCGAAGCCUGGUGGAAUGUAUUUCCGUCAACACUCCUGAUUUAAUUUUGAGAACAAUUAAAUCUUAUGUUCACACUGAUGUACAAGAUAUCUCAUGACGAUAUGUGUAAAUACGCCUGGAACGGCUAUGACCCUGUUUUAUGGUCGCAAUUCAGCACUGAACAAGCACUUUGCAGGCACACCGGGCAGAUAUUUAUUCUCAAAUUUUGGCCUGCUAUUGUUAGUCCUGUAUUGAGCACUGAUCGGAUUACACAAAUAAUUGAUUUAUACGGAGUGUUUUUUACCUACACAGAAUUUUUUUACAAAGAAGGCUAUGAGUGUCGCGAACGUGGUAUUUUUGCAGAGGAGUUGCUAGGCGAGGCAGAUAUAAUGUGCCGCGAAUAAUGGGCGAUUCACAAGAGUAAUUAAGCAAAAUUUGUUAAAUGCCUUGUUUAUUAGAGCCUUGCGUGCAGUUUCUUAUGUGAAACCUUUGGAGACAGCGAUAUUUUAAUGCACCUCCAUUUUGUAAAUCUUGAAAAUCUCACCUAAUUCGAGAUAUUCAACGUCGAAUUUCAACGCUCAAUCUAGGCAAUAACGAAAGCGGGCGCGCCGGAACCACAAGAAAGACAAAAAAAUUAAAAAAUAGGCGGCCUCACCUAUUACGUCGGAAGGAAACAGCCCGUGACGACAAGCGCGAUGAAGUUCUCUUCGCGUUGCGCUUUCCGUUGCAUUUUAUCUCGUGCAUUUCAAGUGAGGUAAACCUGCACAAGUCAGGCGUGUAAGCAGAUCUUGCAAUUUCCAGAAGCUCUUGCAAUUGCAGAGCUCCAGAACAACUAUACGCCCCACCUUGACCUCAGGUCGUCAGCUCUUCAGUGUCGUCUGUACACCAUGUUCUAAAAAAUAGACAUAGACGCAUUAGUCGUGGAAGAGCUCACUGCGCUGGUGCACUUAUUUAUUUAAUUGCAUUACAAGUAUAGUUAUGGCGUCUGCAGCGGUGCAAUUUUCGUUUCGGAGGGUAACACGGAUGCGGCUGAGAAAGAAUAUACGAAUAUGGAAUAUUUGUAUGAGAGUUGGGAUGUAAUGGCAAAGAAUGCUAGUUCUUUAAUUUCGUGUUUGUGCAGAGAAAGCAACGAAUUAAACGGUAUAAAACGCUGAGAUGUUUGAAUGCGUUUCUUUUUUUUUCGAUCAAAAGAACAUUAAAAU